UCGUCAUCGCGUUGGGGCCUCUGUCUCCGCGCGCUGCUGUCGGUAGACGCGGGCGCGGGCGCGAACGCGGGCGCGGGCGCAGUGGCGAACACGGAUUCCGCUGGGGCGCACGUUGCGAAGCGGCGGAAGAUCAAAGACGGAGGGUGGAGCAAGGGCCCGGGGAGUGAUCACUCCGCGGAGUUGGAUGCGCGGGGUGGGGUGGGCGAUGGUACGGCUGGCGCCCUUGCCGGCGGUACUGCUGCUAGGCCGACAGCGGUGAUCGCGGCGCGAGUGGAGAGAGGAGGAGGAGUAGGAGGAGGAGGAGGAAGAAGGGGGGGAGGGGAGGGAGGAGGAGAAGGAGGAGGAGGAGGAGGAAGAAGGGGGGGAGGGGUGGGAGGAGGAGAACGAGGAGGAGGAGGAGGAGAAGGAAGCAGGGAGACGGAGAGGGGGAGUAGGAGGGAAGGCGAGGCUGAGUUGGAAGAAGGGUGGGGAGAAGAGGUGCAGAGGGUUGGGUACUCGGGGAGUGAUAUUCAAGGAGGAGGGGAAGCAGAGGGGCGGCAGGAAGGGAAGCUUAUAUUAUCCGAUCCUGGUGGUGGGGGUGGUGGGGGUGGUGCUGCUGCCGUUGCUGCUACUGCCGCUGCUCCGCAGUUGAUGCCUCAUUCAUCGUCCCAUAGCUGUGUGGAAGUGGCGCGGCAUGAGCUGGUAAGGAGCGGUGCUGAGCGGUGCGCGCCUGCUGCCGCCGCCGCCGCUGCCGCCGCUGCUGCUGCCGCUACAGAGAGAGGCAGGCAUGGUCUGUGGAGCCUGGACAGGUAUAUUGAAGAAGCCCAAGAAGGCGCUGGGUAUGUGGAGCAAGCAGCUGGGGGGGCGAGGUCUGCUCUGGAGAGCAUCAGAAGCUGUCGGAUGGCGGCACGAGACAGUGGCAGUGGGGGGUGUGAGGGAGGAGGCACAGUAGGGGUAGACGGACGGAGGAGUGGUGAAGCGGCAGUGGUGGGAGAAGAAGGAGGGUUGUUUGACGGGCCUGUGUCCUCCACUGGAGUGGUGAAGGGGGGUUGUUUAACGGCAGAGACGACAGCAGCAGACCUACAUGCACCCUCUGCUGCCGCCACGCCACCUGCACUAGACGCACGAGCUCUAGCCACUCUCUCUACGGAGCUAGGCAUACCUUCCGUCUCCCCUCAUCCCUCUCAACCGGACUCCAUCCCCGCUUGUCUCAUUCCUGUGGCCUCUGUCUCGCCUGCAGAGCAUAAAGCCAGCAAGGCCCUGUCUGCUGCUGCUGCAGCUGUGGUGGCUGCGUCUGCAGCAGCAGAGGCAGCGGCGGGAGAGAGGGGUAAAACGGCAGGAGCAGCAGAGGCGGCAGGGGCGGCAGGGGCGGGAGGGGCAGCAGGUGCGGCAGAGCGCCAGUUUCAUGGUCUAGGAGGAGGGCAUGACGCGCUGUUUCUGUUGCUGGAGCAAGGGACGGGAGCAACGCAGAAGAUGCAGCCGGGUGGUGCUGUCGGGGCCACUGGCACGUUAGGGGCGGGAAGGACCUUAGAAACGCCUCAAAUGCCGUUUACUGGGGCGUUACGGGUUGACGACUUGCAAAGGAGUGAGGCAGGGAGGGCGCUUGGGCGUGGGGAUGAAGGCGGGGUUGGGGAUGCGAGAGGGGAGGGGAGUGCAGCAGCAGGGUAUCCUUAUCAAAAGUGGCAAGAGCUCCAGCGGGAGCAGAGGGAGCAAAGGGAGGAGAGGGAGCAGAAGGAGCAGAGGGAGGGGGACGGAGCACGUGUGAGGGCUGUACGGCAGUUGACAGAAGGGUCGGAGGUGGGAGGAGAAGCUGUUGCUGCCGUUGCCGCUGCUGCUGGUUUUGGCGGCGGCGGCAGUGGCAGUGGCAGUGGUGCUGGUGGUGGUGGUGGUGGUGGUGGUGGCGGUGGUGGUGGUGGUGACAGAGGCGGUGACGCAGGGCCAGCGAGGGGGCGAUAUGGAGAGGCAGGUGCGGAGCGCAAGGCGAGUGGGGGCUUGAAUGGUGUGUGCGGGGCAAGCCACGUGGUUCCGCCCUGGCCCACUGCUGCCAAUGCCCCUGCCUGGCCUCCACCCUCUAAUACCCCUCCGUGGCCCCCGGGUUCCGACGCCCCUCCCUGGCCUCCCUCUUCUGACGCUCCUCCCUGGCUUCCUGCCUCCAACGCCCGUCUCUCCUCCAAUACGCCUCCCUGGCCUCCCGCUGCCAACGCCCCUGCCUGCCCCCCUGCUGCGAACGCCCCCCUCUCCUCCAAUACCGCUCCCUGGCCUUCUGCCGCUGGCGCACCUCCCUCCUUACAAGAGUCUCCCUGGCCUUUCCCUGGUGGUCCUGUGUCCCCAUGGCCGCCUGUCUCGCAGGCUCAGCCGCAGCGCGGCAGGCAGGCGGACGGGCAGGAGCAGAGGCAGGGGGAGAGGGAAGGAGAGAGGGAGGAGAGAAAGGAGGAGAAGAUUGAAGGGGCGAGGGAGGAGGGGAGGGAGGGGCAGGUGAGCAGGAAAGUGAUGGGUGGAGUUGGGAGUGGUGGGGUGCAGGACGCAUGGGGGGCGUCUGGGAGAGAGGCGGGUGGUGCAGGGAAGACGGUAGCAGACACUCCCGCAUGGAUGAUGGGAGGCUCUUGGGGGGCGAGCGCAGAUGCAGCAGGGCACGGAGCACAGGGGGCGCAGGGGACAGAGGGGAAACAGCGGACACAGGUUUCGCAAGGUGCAGCAGGGAAGACGGCGGCAGGCACUCCCGCAUGGAUGAUGGGAGGUUCUUGGGGGGCCAGCGCAGAUGCAGGAGGGCAGGCGGGUCAAGGGGCACAGGGGGCACAGGGGGCACAGGGUGCGACAGGGAAGGCUCCGGCCUGGAUGAUGGGAGGGUCUUGGGGGGCAAGCGCAGAUGUAGGAGGUCAGGCGGAGGGGGGACAGGGUGCAGCAGGGAAGACGGCAGCAAGCACUCCGGCAUGGAUGAUGGGAGGAUCCUGGGGGGCGAGCGCAGAUGCAGGAGGACAGACAGCACAGGGCGCACAGGGCGCAGCAGGAGCAGCAGGAAAGACGGCAGCAGGCACUCCCGCAUGGAUGAUGGGAGGAUCCUGGGGGGCCAGCGCGGAUGCAGGAGGACAGGGCGCACAGGCCGCACAGGGGGCACAGGGUGCUGCAGGAGCAGCCGGAGCGGCAGCAGCAGGGGGAGCAGGAGCAGGGGCAGCAGGAGCGAUGAGAUGGGCUCCUCCCAAGGGCGCUCUGCCUGCGAGUCUUCUCUCUCUGCUGGACGAUUUUCCUGGAGUUUCUUCUCCGGGCAAGGCGGUUGGUGAAUGGACCUGCAAGGAGGUAGUGGUGAAGAGUGGAGGGGGGACAGCCGAGGGAGGACGGGGGGAAUGGGGUGGUGUGGGUGUGGCUGGGAGCGGUAGAGGGGAAGGGGCGUGGGGAGAGGCAGGGGGUGUGAGGCUGGGGAGUGGAAGAGAGGGGGGCGUGAGGGAUGAAACUCAGGUGGACGAGAAUUUCGCGGCUGGAGUGCUGCUCGGUUCGGAGCGGUUGAAAGGGGUCCGUGAUGGGGCCGGGGGAGCCGAGUUGUGUGCUGAGAGGUUGGGAGGGGAUGGAAGGGGAGAGGGGGAAGCUAGCAGGAGACAGUUGGAGGGGGAAGGGGAGGGGUUAGAGGGACGGCAGGCGGAACAGGAGGAAUCGGAUUGGGAUUCAGGGUCGGAAUGGGAUUCAGAUUGGGAGUCGGAUGGGGGAGGGGAGGAGGAGAGGAGGGAGAGGAGGGAGAAGGGAGGAGAGGCGCAGGGCGGAAUGAGUGCAUCAGAGGGAGCAGCAAGAGGAGACGGAACGGGUGAUGAAGUCACGGCGGCUGACAUUGUUGCACGCAACGGAAUGGGAAGCAGUGGUAGAGCAAAAGGCCUUGAGGGGCUUCGGGUGAAGUUAGACGCGGUGGAAGGGUUUCAAAGAGGGGGAGGGGGCAGUGGGGGAGGGGGGGACGGGUGGGGAACGGGAGCAGGACAGCGAUCGGGACGGGGAGAGAGAGCAGCAGCAGCGGCGGCAGCAGGAGAGGCUGCGGUAGAGGAAGCAGCGGCAGCAGUGGUGGAGGGGGACACGAGCAACGCGCACUUCCACCUGCCGCAGUCGGUGCUGUCGGCGGUGGGGUGUGCGUUGCAGUCUGAUAUCACCAUUGCCGCUGUGCUGCAGAGUGAUAACCGCAUUGCGGAGACGGUUCUGUGCCACCCUCCGGGGCUUGUCUCCCUGCCUGUGCGCCUCACCAAGACCAUCCUCAACAUGUCGCACGGCAAGCUAAUAAACACGGACCGUCUGCUCCUGCCCAGUGUCAUCACGGCUGCUCUCGGUGCCCGCCCCCGCCGCUACCUCGCCACGUCCUUCCAUGCCGAGGGCUACGACGGGCUGUGCUACGCUCUCUGGGCGGACCCCUCCCGCGUGCCGAGAGCCGCAGAGGACAUCAUGUCAGACGCAGUGCAGGCGCUGCCGCUGCUGCUCGCCAACCGAGUGCGCGCCAUGUGCUGCGAGCGCAUGGGGCGGCGCUUCGACGCCAUUCUCGCCCGCAUGCCGCAGGCCGUGGUGUUUGUGAACGAUGGCAUGGGGCCGUGCCUCAUCAACCCCGCUGCUGCCGACCUGCUGGACCUCCCAGCGCCGGGGAAGUUGAGCGCCGUGAAGGUCGCAGCAGCUUUCAAGGCUCUUGUGCAACGCACCUCCACGCCCACUGAAAUAUUCCGCUGGCUGCGCACGGUAUCAGCCUUCCCGCACGACAGCGUGGAGGCGGUGUGGCACGUGCAGGAGCCGUGGUGCGUGGUGCGCGUGCAGUCGUACCCCGUGAGCAGCGAGGCCACGCACGGGCGCGUGUGGCUCUUUGACGACGUCACCGCGGAGCAUGAGGCGAGAGUGGCGGUGGAGCAGGCGGACAAGGCCAAGGCGCAGUUCCUCGCCAUGAUGAGCCACGAGCUGAGGACGCCCAUGACUGGCGUGCUGGGCAUGCUAGACCUGCUGCGGCUAACGCCGCUGACAGGGGAGCAGAACGGGCUGGUGCGCGUGAUGCAGGGGUCAGCGGAGGGGCUCAUGCAGGUGCUGAACGAGAUCCUGGACUUCUCAAAGAUCGAAUCUGGCAACUUCUCCCUUGAAGAGGCCGACUUUUCCGUCUCCGAGCUUCUUGACCAGGUGGCAGCGCUGUUCCGAGGCCGAGUGGAGGAGCGCCAUUUAUCCCUCACCGUGCACAAGCCGCAUGUCAAGGAGCAGGCUGUCAGGGGCGACCCCAACCGCCUGCGACAGGUGCUCACGAAUCUGGUGAGCAACGCCAUCAAGUUCACAGAGCAGGGAGGUGUGACCAUCACGUGGAGGCGAACGCUGCUGCCCCGCUCCGCCUCCUCCCUCAGCCUCGCCUCCCCUGGUUCUGCCCUCGCCCACACAGACCCCACAGGGGCUGCCGCUGCUGCUGGUGGUGCUGGUGCUCUUACAGGCGCAGUGGCAGGAGGAGCAGAGGUAUCAGGAGGAGCGGUAGGAGCAACAGCAGGAGGAGUGGAGCUGGGGCGAUUAGAGGCAGUGAGCGAGGGGAGGGAACGGAUUGCAGAGAAAAGACAUGGGGCAAGACAUGUAGAUCUAUCUCAUACCCCACCAGUCUCUGCUGCUGCUGCUGCUGCUGCUGCUGCUGCUGCUGCUGCUGCUGCUGCUGCUGCUGCUGCUGCUGCUGCUGCUGCUGCUGCUGCUGCUGCUGCUGCUGCUGCUGCUGCUGCUGCUGCUGCUGCUGCUGCUGCUGCUGCUGCUGCUGCUGCUGCUGCUGCUGCUGCUGCUGCUGCUGCUGCUGCUGCUGCUGCUGCUGCUGCUGCUGCUGCUGCUGCUACUGCUGCUGCUGCUCCAGCUCCUGCUGCUCCUGCUUCUGUGCUGCCUGCGAUUGCAGAAGGGAGAGCAGCAGCAGCAGAUCGAAGCCUUGAGAGCAGAGCAAUGGUGGCGCCUGCGGCAGGCACAAGAGCAGGUGAAGACGUGAGCACCAGCGGUCAUCGACUGGGUAUGGCGGGGAACCUUGCUUCAGGAGCCACGGAGGCAGCAGGAAGAACAGCUCUAGGAGCAGCUUCACCUGCUGCUGCUGCUGCUGCUGCUGCUGCUGCUGCCGCUGAUGCUGAUGGUGGCGGUGGCGCUGCCACUGCUGCUGCUGCUAUCCCCGCCCAUGCCGUUUCUCCCACUGAUACUGCCGCAGGACCUGUACCAACGGACAGGUCUCCCGCUUCCUCCUCACGACCCACCUCCCCUUUGUUUGUGGACGAUUUAACUCGAGAGAGAGGCCUGAGGAUCAACAUAUCGAGGCAACCGAUACAGAAACCAGCGUCUGCUGGGAGCACUCCCGGGCGCCACUCCUCCCCGUUCGCCAACCCCGCUUCCUCCGCCUUUCCUUCCACUAAGUCGCCGCUCACCUCCUUCUCACUCACCCCCCCUCACGGUUUCAGACCUGGCUUCCCUGCCUCUCGCUCCCCUGAAACGCCUCCGUCUCCCACGAACAUGUUCUCUGCUAGAAGGCGGUUUCCAUCGCACUCGUCGUUGCCUGCUAGGUCUCCUUGCUCCUCGCCUUUCACCCUCACCUCGCCUCCUCAUGUGGAGACUGUGAGGGAGCAAGAGGAGCGGGACCAAGAGGAGUGGGAGCAAGAGGAGAGGGAGCAAGAGGGCCAGGAGCAAAAGGAUCGGGAGCAAGAGGGGCAGGCGCAAGCCGGGGGGGAGCAGAGGAAUGAGGAGGUGGGGCUGAGUGCGUGGUUGAGAGCAGGUAGGGCGGAUGAAGGGCAUGGUGCGGAGGAGGUUUGUUCUCAGGAUGGCAGCAUGGGGGGUGGAGGGAAUGGAGCGAGGAGAGGGAGAAGCCGCACAAAGGACACAGGCAUCGGGCUCUCCCCAGAGCAGCAGGGGCGGCUCUUCAAGUCGUUCUCACAGGCUGAUACCUCCACCACACGCAAGUUUGGAGGCACGGGCCUCGGCCUGGCGAUUUGCAAGGGGCUUGUGAACGCCAUGGGUGGGGAGAUCUGGAUCGAGAGCGAGGUGGGGAAGGGCGCGGCGUUUGUGUUCACUGUGCCGCUGCUGGCGCCGCAGCGGCCGGAGAGGUUUAGGGUUGAGGAAGGGGGGGGGAUGGGGACGGUGGAGGGGGAGGGAAGGGGGGGGAGCGCGCUGCGGUCGCAGGUGGGCGGUGCGGGAGGGAGUGGGCUGCAUGUGCUGGUGGCUGAAGACAAUGUCGUGAACCAGAUGCUGAUCAAGAAGAUGCUGCGGCACUACGGGCAUCAGGUGCGUGCCGGCAGAA